GGGACGACGCAAAAGGGCCUUAUCUAAGGGCUUUUCUUCAUCGUCCUCUACGCGACGUGGCAGCACGGGAGAGGGAGAUGAAACCAAAGAAGCGAUGAAGUCUUCGGUUCUCGAAAACUCAAUCGGCGUCUUCUUCUCUCUUCUCUCUUCUCUCUCGAUCUCGUUCGGUGGCGAUAGAAGGUGACUCCAUCUCUCGAAAACUCAAUCGGCGUCUUCUUCUCUCUUCUCUCUUCUCGUCCUCCUGAUCUCGAGCUCAACUCCAUCUCGGCGAGGCUCUUCCAUUUCGUUCUCGUCUCGGCGUUCUCGACCUCGUUCUCGUCUCGAUCGAGUGCUCCAUCUCCAGUUCCAAAUCCAAAGCUCAAGGUUCAAUAAGCGAUGGGAGUUUACAGCUAUUCGCAGCCAUCUCAGUCGGAAGAUUUAUUUGGAAACAAUGACGAUAGUGACUACAGUGAGACGGAGGAUUUAAUACGCCGUGAUCAAGCUGAGCUAAGCUUGGAAAGACGUUCAGAGGUUCAGUAUCCUCCGCAACCGGAGGUUGAGUUUGGCUGCCCACAGGUUUGCUACUGUGGUUCUCAGCCACUCCUCCGCAACAGUCGUACUGAUCCAGGUCGGUUAGUCUACACUUGCGCGAAUGUUGACGAUGGCGAAUGCCAUGUCUGGAAGUGGUGGGAUGAGGCCAUCAUGGAGGAGAUGAGAGCGAGAGAUAGACACGUGCUUCAGCUAGCUGAGAAGGUAGAUAAUCUAACCGUGCUGCCUGACUAUGAGACUGAUCAGAGGUUGAGUACCCUAGAGAAGAUUGUGGAUGAUAUAGUGGUGGAUAAAUCUGAGCAGAGGUUGAGUAGCCUAGAGAAGUAUGGGUUUCAGUGCUUUGUAAUAGCCAUGCUUCUUGUUGUGGUUGUGGUAGCCAUGGUGGUCUAAUUGUAGUCUUGAUAUUAAUUUCUUCUUGAACUUAUUACUAGACCAGACCUUUUUUUUUUA